AUGGUUGCACAGCUGGCAUAUAUCGGGUAUCUGAUGCUGUUCAACUACAUUGUGUUAGUGAAGAUGGAUCGCUGGCCUUCUACACAGGAAUGGAUAGUGAUCUCUUAUAUUUUCACACUGGGAAUAGAGAAAAUGAGAGAGAUAUUGAUGUCAGAGCCUGGGAAGCUGUUACAGAAGGUAAAGGUGUGGCUCCAGGAGUACUGGAAUGUCACGGAUCUCAUAGCCAUUCUCCUGUUCUCUGUGGGGAUGGUGCUUCGCCUGCAGGAUCAACCAUUCCGGAGUGACGGGAGAGUCAUAUACUGCGUGAACAUCAUUUACUGGUACAUACGUUUGUUAGACAUCUUCGGAGUGAACAAGUAUUUGGGACCAUAUGUGAUGAUGAUUGGGAAAAUGAUGAUAGACAUGAUGUAUUUUGUCAUCAUUAUGUUGGUGGUUCUGAUGAGCUUCGGUGUUGCAAGACAGGCAAUUCUCUUCCCCAAUGAAGAGCCUUCAUGGAAGCUGGCAAAGAACAUAUUUUACAUGCCUUAUUGGAUGAUCUAUGGGGAAGUGUUUGCAGACCAGAUAGACCGUAAGCAAGUUUAUGAUUCUCAUACUCCAAAGUCAGCUCCUUGUGGCCAAAAUGAAACCAGAGAGGAUGGCAAAAUAAUUCAGCUGCCUCCCUGCAAGACAGGAGCAUGGAUCGUUCCUGCCAUCAUGGCAUGUUACCUCUUGGUUGCAAACAUCCUUCUGGUGAACCUUCUUAUUGCUGUCUUUAACAACACAUUUUUUGAGGUUAAGUCUAUAUCUAACCAAGUCUGGAAGUUUCAGAGGUAUCAGCUAAUCAUGACAUUUCAUGAAAGGCCGGUUCUUCCACCUCCUUUGAUCAUUUUCAGCCACAUGACUAUGAUAUUCCAACACCUCUGCUGUAGAUGGCGAAAACAUGAAAGUGACAAGCUGCAGGACGGAACAGAACUUUUCAUAACAGAAGAUGAAUUGAAAAAAGUUCAUGAUUUUGAAGAGCAGUGCAUAGAAGAAUAUUUUAGAGAAAAGGAUGAUAGAUUUAAUUCUUCCAAUGAUGAAAGAAUCCGUGUCACUUCUGAAAGGGUAGAGAAUAUGGCCAUGAGGUUGGAGGAAGUAAAUGAGCGAGAACAUUGUAUGAAAACUUCACUUCAGACUGUAGACAUCAGACUUGCUCAGUUGGAGGAUAUGAUAGGACGAAUGGCUACAGCCCUGGAGAAGUUGACUGGUGUGGAAAAAGGGGAGACUACCAAAGUACGAUCUAGAACUUCCUCAGACUGUACAGAUGCUGCUUACAUUGUAAGACAGAGCAGCUUCAAUAGCCAGGAAGGGAACACUUACAAGCUUCCGGAAAGUAUAGACCCUGCAGGAGAGGGGUCAAUGUCUCCAACCUCUCCUACUGCUGUUCCCCGUAUGCGAAGCCACUCUUUCUAUGCGACUCCAGAAGGCCUUCAUCUUGCAUAG